AUUUAGGAGACACGGGGAGCGAGAAGGGGCAAGAGACAGCCUGCCUGCAUCUUGGUCUAGACUGCUCAUCUUGAAUACUGGCUUAAUUCUACCUUCCCUCCUGACCCCAGGACCUCUGCCUUUGGAGGAAACGUGGCUCCCACCGUCCACACUGAUUAAUCAAGAGUGAAAAUCUGAAGAGAUGCAAGCAGAAGAAAGAAAUUAAGCUAGGCCUGAGGAGCGAUGCGACAGGCAUGAUGGAGGUUGAGUCCUCCUACUCAGACUUUAUCUCCUGUGACCGGACAGGCCGUCGGAAUGCAGUCCCUGACAUCCAGGGUGACUCAGAGGCCGUGAGUGUGCGGAAGCUGGCUGGAGACAUGGGCGAGCUGGCACUUGAGGGCGCAGGACAGGCGGAAGGAAGUCCCACAGACAAGAAGGCCAGCAACCAGCCUGAGAGCAGUGAUGGGAGCACCUCAUCUUGAGUCUGACCUUGGUCCCAGAGGCUGGACGAGAGACCUACUGGCUCCUCCCAGAACCAGAGCCCUGGCACUAGCCCAGCAGCCUCUUCUGAGCCCAUGUCCCAAGCCACCCAGGCCUACCUGAGAGGCCUCCCAGAAGCCUCUGUGGCCCCUCCUCCGGGAAAGCCCUCUGCCACACUCACAGGCUCCACCUUUCUGCCACCCACUGUGCCCAGGUACACUUUGAAGACACUGUCACCUAGGUAUGUUAUUUAUUUAGCUGGGUGGGGCUUGAGCCAGGCCCUGCCUACCAGGUGAGUAGCCCCCACCUGGACUGGGACUGAGUCCCAGUACUCUCCCAGUGGUUCUUUCAAACAGCCUUCUCAGUUGGAAAGUUCUUCCUUGCCCUUUUUUAAAAACACUUUUAAAUUUUUUUGAAAACAACUUUUUUUCAGCAGAGAGGGAGGGAGCUGACAAUCACAUUUUCUUUUUUGUUUUUAAAGCGGUUUUAAGCUCAGUUCUGAUGAUCUAUGCAGCUCUAAGUUCCCUUGUGGAGCCUCAAGAUCCAGUUUUAGGGAAGGGUUUUGGCUCAAAACUAACUGACCAAUUCUUUGCCCUUUCUACCAAGAGAAGUGAUACUUGGGCCCCAGGAAAUAAAUGCUGAUUUGUGUGA